UGGGGCGUCAAGAUGCUCUGCCAGUACGGCGACGGCGAGUUCAUUGCCCAGACGCCCUUCGGGGAAAAGAUAUCGGCGCCGCACAGGGCGCUCUCCGACAAAGGCGGGCCGUGGGUCGAACUCCGGCUUCCGCCCGGCAUCUUCGGCGGCGAAUCGAUGCGCGACCGGCUCCACAAGGUCCUCAUCAGCGACAUGGUGCCCUACUCCAACCGCUUGGACACGUGGAAGGACAUCGUGACCGAGUUCUCGAUUCGCCAGCUGCAGUACGCCGAAGACCGGCUCGCGGCGCUGGCCGGCAUCGCGAGCGAGCUGCAGCGGGUGUGGGCCGACGAGUACAUGUUCGGCCUCUGGCGGAGCAUGCUCCUGCGGACGCUGGUCUGGUGGGCGCACUGGCCGGGCCGGCGCCUGACGGCGGCCCCGACCUGGUCGUGCGACUCGCGCAUCGCGUUUCAACGCAUGUGGAGAGCCAGCCCGAUCGACGUCGACGACGCCCACGACGACGACGACGUCGCCGCCGCGGUCAAAGAGGCAGCCGGCCCGUCUCGGCGCCUGGUCCUCUCGGGGACGCUCAUCCGUCCGUCGGACGGCCCGUUCCCGGCCUGGAUGGACAGCGAGUCGUACGAGGUGUGGUACGACACGGACGAGGUGCUCGACGACAAGGGGUGCAGCUUUCUGGUGGUCAAGCGCGACACGCGCGGCUGGCCGGAUAGCGAGGCGUUUCCGAUGGGGAACCGCAGGGUCACCACGACGUACCUCGUGUUGAGGAGGGUGGAUGACGAGACGUACGCCCGCGUCGGGCUGGCCAUGCAUACGCAGAAAUAUCGCAACUGGCGAGACCCUGACUCGAGAUGGUCCGAGCUGUCUAAGGGACCCAAGGUCCGAGUUCAACUGGAAUGAGCCUUUGGGGUCCACAGACUUCCAAGGGUUGAUGUCCAUAUGUUCGCUCACUGCGAGGACUAUUCCCCUUGUAGGCUUGCAGAAGAGGAGAGCGCCCUAUCGCUUUGAAGUCAGUCUAUCUCGGCGAGCUUCAGGUCUGGGGAAUACCAUGAAGAGGCGCCGUGGAACGAGAGAAUCCGAAGGUGUAUCCACACUAGAUUCAGAGGUGCUCCAAAACUAACCGAGUAAUCCUUGAGGCGGGACAUUCAGUG